UGAACUCAUCGAGUAAAUAUGUGUGUAGUUCCCUAGAUGUUUACAUUGAUUUUAUUUGGUUGAUAUCCAAUAUGACUGCUGUGUUAAACACUUUGUACAGUAUUAGGCACACAAUAAGUUAAACAUGGAUGAUAAAAUAAACAUUGAGGAAAUGUUGUAUACUGUAUCAUUGAACAGUGGAUCAUCUAGUGAGGGAGAGGAAAAUGUGCUGUUUGAGCAACAAGACGUACAACCUACUAGAAAUAUGAGAAACCAAGACAAAGAUGACAGUCCUGAUGAAGUCGCUGAAAAGGCGAGAGUAAUUGGUGAAAUUCUUCAGUUGCAAAACACCCUUGAAGAUCUAUCCCAACGUGUUGAUUCAGUAAAGGAAGAAAAUAUUAAACUCAAGUCAGAAAAUGAAGUUUUAGGAAAAUACAUUGAUAACUUAAUGUCAAGCUCUUCAGUGUUUCAACAAUCAAGCACAAAAUCUAAAGGGCGGACAAAAUAAUUGCUUUAAAAAAAUAUUUCAUUUGUUGUUGUUUUUAAAUGUAGUGGUUAGUGUUAAGCCAUGUUUAUCAUUCUAUACCACUCUCUUAUACUGUACCAAAAAUUGUAAUCACUUUAUUUCUUAAUAUGGUGUAGAUAAUUUGUACUGUAAAAUUAUCUAGUCCAAACUGCACAGACUUGCUUUUGUUGCCAUGCACAAUGUGUACUUGAUUUUAUUCUUGUGAUUAACAAAUGCAAUGACAUGAAGAAAAAAAAUUUCAUCUUGUGGUUAUCUUUAGAUAUGUGGUUUCUGUUUCAAUUCAUAGUAUAUUUUUUAGCAAAGCACACUUAAAACUGUACGUUGUAAUCACUUAUAAUUGAUAUUGCCAAAUCAUUUAGCAUGUUGUUUUGUCUUGAAAUUUUAUUUUACUUAUGAAGCAUAAUAUAUAUAAUACAAAAA